UUGAAAUCUUAAUGGCAAACAACAAUUUUUUAUUCACUUAUUCGCUUAUUCACUUUUUUAACACGUAUAAAUGAUCUAUUACAAUAAAACAGGCAUACUUUUCCUGCAGAGCCAUGUUUUCACUUGUAUUAUUCUCAGGUUUCUUUACCCUCACACUGUGUGCCCCUCAGUAUGUCUUUGUAAAUGAGUCCAAGACUUGGGCAGAAGCUCAGAGAUACUGUAGAGAUAAAUACACUGAUCUGGCCACCACUGAAAAUGAACAACAGACAGUCCAGUUGAUCGACACAGUGAAUGAUGAUUCCAUUGAUUUGGCCUGGAUUGGACUCUAUGAUGAUCUGAACAGUUGGAAAUGGACUCUAGGGGACAGUGAUUUAUUCAAGGUUGGAGAGAAAAACUUCAGGAAUUGGUAUGACCAAGGACCAGGCAAUUCUGGAGGACAAAGUCUGUGUGUGUAUAUGAAUAAUGGGAUAUGGUAUGCAGCAAGCUGCUCCAAUUCAUUUUAUCUUACGGUCUGCUAUGAUGGAAGAGAAAAUGCCAGCGCAACUUAUGUUUUCAUUUACCAGUACAAAAACUGGACUGAAGCUCAGAGUUACUGCAGAGAACAUCACACAGACCUCAUCAGUAUCAGGAAUGAGACUGAAAACCAGAAGAUCCAGUAUUUAUUGCGAAAUUAUUAUUAUUAUUAUUAUCACAAUGUUUGGAUUGGACUGUACAAAACCAGAUCUUGGUCAGAUCAGAGCAACACUUCAUUUACUUACUGGAGCACAUGGCAACCAGAUACUGCAGGAUCCUGCACUGUAGUCUCAUUUAGAGACUCUGGGAAAUGGAUGGAUGAAAACUGCAAUUAUGCAUUUCCUUUCUUUUGCCACAGUGCAUUAGCAUCAUCCCGUCAGUAUCACUUUGUGAAUGAGAGUAAGACCUGGACUGAAGCUCAGAGAUACUGCAGACAGAAUUACACUGAUCUGGCCACCAUUGAUAACAUGGAGGAAAUGAACAGACUGAUUAACACAGUUAAUGGGACUUACAAUGAUUCAGCCUGGAUUGGAGAGUAUGAUGAUGUGAGCAGCUGGAGAUGGUCACUGGAAGACAAUGAUUUCUAUCAGGAAGGAGAGAGAGAUUUCAGGAACUGGUAUCAUGAACCGGACAACAGUGGAGGGAACCAGUUGUGUGUUUACAUGAAUUAUAAUGGAAAAUGGUAUGAUAUGUCAUGUGACAACACACUGCCAUUUGUUUGCUAUGAUGGUAGAGAGACCGCCACAGAGAGUUACAUCGUAAUCUAUAACUGGGAAACCUGGUCAGAGGCUCGUAGAUACUGCAGAGAACAUUAUACAGAUCUCGCCAAUGUGAGAAAUCAGACUGAGAACCAGAGGAUCCUUGAGAAAGCAGGUGGAGGAGUCUGGAUAGGACUGUACAGAAACAGGAUUUGGUCAAACAGUCAGAAUACCAAUUAUCAAAACUGGAGGCCGCAAAUUCCUGGGUUAUCGGCGCAACCAGAUAAUGUUGUUAACUACGUUGAUGCAUACGGAUAUCAGCACUGCACUGCAGUGUCAUUCAGAUAUUCAGGCCGAUGGACAGAUGAGAUAUGUGUAUCCAGCAUGCCUUUCUUCUGCUACAGCAGAACCUGCACACAAUAUUCAUGUACUCGUCAGUAUCACUUUGUGAAUGAGUCUAAGACCUGGACUGAAGCUCAGAGAUACUGCAGACAGAAUUACACUGAUCUGGCCACAAUUGAUAACAUGGAGGAAAUGAGCAGGCUCAUUAAAACAGUGCGUGGCACUUACUUUGGAUCAACUUGGAUUGGACUCUAUGAAGAUCUGAACAGCUGGAGAUGGUCUCUAGAUAAUUCAGCAUUAGAGGGAGGAUUUAAAAGCUGGUUUAUUCAACAGCAAGUGAACUCAGGUGGACAGAGUCUGUGUGUGUACAUGUCAUAUUAUCGGGGAACAUGGAGUGAAGCCUUUUGCUACUAUACACUUCCCUUUGUUUGCUAUGAUGGAAGAGCAAACGCUAGUACAAGUUAUGUGUUUGUUUAUCAGUACAAAACCUGGACUGAAGCUCAGAGUUACUGCAGAGAACAUCACACAGACCUCAUCAGUAUCAGGAAUGAGACUGAAAACUACAGGGUUCAGUCAUUAAUUCCAUAUUCUUCAGUUUUUUGGAUUGGACUGUACAGAACCAGAUCUUGGUCAGAUCAGAGCAACUCUUCAUUCAGUAACUGGAGAACAGGACAGCCUGAUAAUGCUGGAAACAGUGAAUACUGCACUGCAGUGUCAUUUAGUGAAUCUGGGAACUGGACAGAUGAAAACUGCAACACUGCAUUACCUUUCAUUUGCUACAGCGCAUUAGCAUCUUCCCGCGAGUAUCACUUUGUGAAUGAGUCUAAGACCUGGACUGAAGCUCAGAGAUACUGCAGACAGAAUUACACUGAUCUGGCCACCAUUGAUAACAUGGAGGAAAUGAACAGACUGAUUAACACAGUUAAUGGGACUUACAAUGAUUCAGCCUGGAUUGGAGAGUAUGAUGAUGUGAACAGCUGGAGAUGGUCACUGGAAGACAAUGAUUUCUAUCAGGAAGAAGAGAGGGAUUUCAGGAACUGGUAUCAUGAACCGAACAACAUUAAUGGGAAUGAAAUGUGUGUUUUCGAUUAUAAUGGAAACUGGUUUGAUUCAUCAUGUGAAUAUCAUUUCAUAUUUGUUUGCUACGAUGGUAGAGAAAACGCCACUCAGAAGUAUAUUAUGGUAUAUGACUCUAAGACCUGGACUGAAGCUCAGAGCUACUGCAGAGAGAAAUACACAGACCUGGCCAGUGUGAGGAAUGAGACAGAACAUCAACAGAUACUGAGCAUUACCCGUUAUUAUGGACAGUAUGUAUGGAUUGGUCUGCACAGAAACAGACUGUGGUCAGAUCAGAGCAGCUCCUCCUUCACAUAUUGGCUCCCACACACCUCAUCGGUUGCUGCACAACCAGAUAAUGGUGCAAAUGUCCCAGGACAGCAGGGAUCUCAACACUGCACAGCUGUGUCUUUACAAUACUUUGGCCAGUGGACAGAUGAGAGUUGCCUUGCCAGUUUGCCUUUCUUCUGUUACAGUGAUGAGUAUGUUAUGGGAAUGCGAGUAGAAGUUACAAGUCUAGACAAUUUAUCAGAGUCUCAGAUUGAAGAGCUUGUGAUUAUACAGUUACAAGAGGAGCUGAUGAGGCUCGGACUUCCCAGCAACGUCACCAUGAAUUUAAGAGACUAUCGUAAGAUCAAGCCCUCUAUGUUUCCAUUGCUUCUAUUAUCGGGGUUUCUCACCUUCGCCUUGAGUGUCCCUCAUCAGUAUGUCUUUGUGAAUGAAUCCAUGACUUGGGCAGAAGCUCAGAGAUACUGUAGAGAGAAAUACACUGAUCUGGCCACCAUUGAAAAUGAACAACAGACGGUCCAGUUGAUCGACACAGUGAAUGAUGAUUCCAUUGAUUUGGCCUGGAUUGGACUCUAUGAUGAUCUGAACAGUUGGAAAUGGACUCUAGAGGACAGUGAUUUCUUCAAGGUUGGAGAGAAAGACUUUAGGAACUGGUAUGACCCAGGACCAGACAAUUAUGGAGGACAAAGUCUGUGUGUGUAUAUGGACAAUGGGAUAUGGUAUACGACAUACUGUUUCAAUUAUCUUCCUUUUAUCUGCUAUGAUGGAAGACAGAAUGCCAGUGCUAGUUAUGUGUUUGUCAACCAGUACAAAACCUGGACUGAAGCUCAGAGUUACUGCAGAGAACAUCACACAGACCUCGUCAGUAUCAGGAAUGAGACUGAAAACCAGAAGAUCCAGGAUUUAUUAAAGAAUAACUAUUACUAUUAUUACCGGUAUGUGUGGAUUGGACUGUACAGAACCAGAUCUUGGUCAGAUCAGAGCAACUCUUCAUUCAGUAACUGGAGGACAGGACAGCCAGAUAACACUGGAUCCUGCACUGUAGUCUCAUUCAGUGACUCUGGGAAAUGGACUGAUGAAUACUGCGAUUAUAGAUUUCCUUUAAUUUGCUACAUGUCAUCUUUGACAUCAUCCCGUCAGUAUCACUUUGUGAAUGAGAGUAAGACCUGGACUGAAGCUCAGAGAUACUGCAGACAGAAUUACACUGAUCUGGCCACCAUUGAUAACAUGGAGGAAAUGAACAGGCUGAUUAACACAGUUAAUGGGACUUACAAUGGUUCAGCCUGGAUUGGACUGGAUUGGACUGAUGAUGUGAACAGCUGGAGAUGGUCACUGGAAGACAAUGAUUUCUAUCAGGAAGAAGAGAGAGAUUUCAGGAACUGGUAUCAUGAACCGGACAACAGUGGGGGGAACCAGCUGUGUGUUUACAUGAAUUAUAAUGGUAAAUGGUAUGAUAUGUCAUGUGACAACACACUGCCAUUUGUUUGCUAUGGGAAUGCAACACAAAGUUUUAUCAGAAUCAAUGAUCAGAAAACCUGGUCAGAGGCUCGUAGAUACUGCAGAGAUCAUUACACAGAUCUUGUCAAUGUGAGAAAUCAGACUGAGAACCAAAGGAUCCUUGAGACAGCAGGUGGAGGAGUCUGGAUAGGACUGUACAGAAACAGGAUUUGGUCAAACGGUCAGAAUACCAAUUAUGAAGACUGGAGACCAGCCGUUCCCUAUUCAGAACAACAACCAGAUAAUGGUGAAUAUGUUUAUGGCCAGUGGGGCUUGCAGCACUGUACUGCUGUAUCAUUCAGUCAUUUAGGUCGAUGGACUGAUGAGAACUGCUUAGCCAGCUUGACUUUUAUCUGCUACAACAGAACCUGCACACAAUCUUCAUGUACCCGUCAGUAUCACUUUGUGAAUGAGUCUAAGACCUGGACUGAAGCUCAGAGAUACUGCAGACAGAAUUACACUGAUCUGGCCACCAUUGAUAACAUGGAGGAAAUGAAGAGGCUCUAUAAAAGAGUAUACAGAACUUACUAUGGCAAAGCUUGGAUUGGUCUCUAUGAUGAUAUAAACAGCUGGAAAUGGUCUCUGGAAAACGUCAUGUUUGAUGGAGGAUUUAAAAGCUGGUUUGUUCAGGAGCAAGUGAACUCAGGUGGACAGAGUCUGUGUGUGUACAUGUCAUAUUAUCGGGGAACAUGGAGUGAAGCCUUUUGCUACUAUACACUUCCCUUUGUUUGCUAUGACGGAAGAGUGAAUGCUAGUACAAGUUAUGUGUUUGUUUAUCAGUACAAAAAUUGGACUGCAGCUCAGAGUUACUGCAGAGAACAUCACACAGACCUCGUCAGUAUCAGGAAUGAGACUGAAAACUUCAAACUUCAAUCAUUAUUUUCAUAUUAUUACUAUUUUUGGAUUGGACUGUACAGAACCAGAUCUUGGUCAGAUCAGAGCAACUCUUCAUUCAGUAACUGGAGAGCAGGACAGCCUGAUAAUGCUGGAAACAGUGAAUACUGCACUGCAGUGUCAUUUAGUGAAUCUGGGAACUGGACAGAUGAAAACUGCAACACUGCAUUACCUUUCAUUUGCUACAGCGCAUUAGCAUCAUCCCGUCAGUAUCACUUUGUGAAUGAGUCUAAGACCUGGACUGAAGCUCAGAGAUACUGCAGACAGAAUUACACUGAUCUGGCCACCAUUGAUAACAUGGAGGAAAUUAACAGACUGAUUAACACAGUUAAUGGGACUUACAAUGGUUCAGCCUGGAUUGGACUGUAUGAUGAUGUGAACAGCUGGAGAUGGUCACUGGAAGACAAUGAUUUCUAUCAGGAAGAAGAGAGAGAUUUCAGGAACUGGUAUCAUGAACCGAACAAUAGAGUAAAUGAACUGUGUGUUUACAUGGAUUCCAAUGGAAACUGGUUUGAUUCAUCAUGUGACAAUUAUUACACAUUUGUUUGCUAUGAUGGAAACAGCUCUCAGAAAUAUGUUUGGAUAUAUGAGCGUAGGACCUGGACUGGAGCUCAGAGCUACUGCAGAGAGAAAUACACAGACCUGGCCAGUGUGAGGAAUGAGACAGAAUAUCAACAGAUACUGAGCAUUACCCGUUAUUAUGGAUAUAAUGUAUGGAUUGGUCUGCACAGAAACAGACUGUGGUCAGAUCAGAGCAACUCUUCCUUCACAUAUUGGCUUCCGUGGACUCAAGCUGUUACUGCACAACCAGAUAAUGGUAUAAGUGUCCCAGGACUGCAGGGAUCUCAACACUGCAUAGCUAUGUCUUUACAAUACGUUGGCCAGUGGACAGAUGAGAGCUGCUUUGCCAGUUUGCCUUUCUUCUGUUACAGUGAUAAGUAUGUGACGGGGCUUAGAUUGGAAGUUACAAGUCUGGAGAAUCUGUCAGAGUCUCAAAUUGAAGAGCUGGUGAUUAUGCAGCUCCAGGAAGAAUUUAUCAGACAAGGACUUCCCAGCAACUUCACCAUGCAUUUGAGAAACUAUCGUAAAACCAGUCCAUGA